GUUCCUUGCGAGAAAGUCAUAAUUUCUUUCUGGGAGGUAGUGGCGCACACCUGUAUUCCCAGCACUCCGAAGGCAGAGGCAGGCGGAUCUCUGUGAGUUCGAGGUGAAAUUCAACUCAAAACAACAUAUAAGCAAGUCUUACUGAAGUACGCGUAAGUAAAACCAUCGAAGAAAGGCCAGGACCUCAGAAGUGCUGACUUGAUUAUGUUGUAUCAUCCAAGCCAGAGUCAGAGUGAAUGAAAUCUUUGCCUCCUCCCAAAAGGAUGGAGGCAGAAGGACAUCAAUAUCCACGGAAGACAGAUUUUUACGUGGAGUUGCCAAAAGUGGAGCUUCAUGCCCACUUGAAUGGCUCCAUUAGUUCCAGUACCAUGAAGAAAUUGAUAGCCAAGAAGCCACAUCUUAAAGUUCAUGAUCACAUGACCAUGAUUGACAAGGGAAAGAAAAGAACUUUAGAAGAAUGUUUCCAGAUGUUCCAAGUUAUCCACCAGCUUACUACUAGUGCUGAGGAUAUUCUGAUGGUCACAAAGGACGUCAUUAAGGAGUUUGCAGAAGAUGGUGUCAAGUACCUGGAGCUGAGGAGCACGCCCAGAGGGGACGGUGUCACUGGAAUGACAAAGAAGACUUACGUGGAAUCCAUACUUGAAGGCAUAAAACAGUGCAAACAAGAAAACUUAGAUAUUGAUGUUAGGUAUUUGAUGGCAAUCGACAGAAGAGGUGGCCUAACGGUAGCCAAGGAGACUGUUGAACUUGCUAAAGAGUUCUUCCUGUCCACUGAGGAUACAGUUCUUGGCCUUGACCUCAGUGGAGACCCGACUGUAGGACAAGCAAAAGACUUCUUGGAACCUCUUUUAGAAGCUAAAAGAACAGGUUUGAAGUUGGCAUUACAUCUUGCAGAGAUUCCAGAUAAGAAAAAGGAAACACAAAUGCUGCUGGAUUUGCUUCCUGACAGAAUCGGGCACGGAACGUUCCUCAACUCCUCCGAGGGAGGCUCCCUGGGUCAUAUGGAUUUUGUGAGGCAGCACCGGAUACCUCUGGAACUUUGUUUGACCUCUAACAUCAAAAGCCAGACAGUUCCAUCUUAUGACCAGCAUCACUUUGGAUUCUGGUACAGCAUUGCUCAUCCUUCUGUGAUCUGUACCGAUGACAAGGGUGUUUUUUCGACAAAUCUUUCUCAAGAAUAUCAACUGGCAGCAGAAACAUUUAAUUUGACCCCAUCUCAAGUGUGGGAUCUGUCUUAUGAAUCCAUCAGCUACAUCUUCGCUUCUGACAACACCAGAUCUGAACUGAGAAAUCAGUGGAAUCACCUGAAGCCCAAAGUGUUCCACUUUUAAGAUGGGAUGGGGUGAACUACUUCCAACUAUAUGUGGUAGCCAAGAUCUGCCACAUCCACUCAGUGAACUGUCCACUACUUCCCUUGAAGCCAGGACCAAGUCUAUGUGGGGUCUUGACACCCAGUAAGUGUCAGUAAUAUCUUAGACUAGAAGCCCUGAGACCUUGCAUGCUUCACCUCCAUGCUGGAUGCUGGAGGACUGGAGGUCAUUAACUAAAUCCCUCAUCCACUGGUAACUUUCUUUUUCAAUUAGCAUUCUCUUCCUGUUACUGAUCAUAAAACUUCUGAGAUGAAGCUGCUUGUCUUCAGGAAGACCUCUGUGUUUUGUUAGCUGUAAUCAGACCCUAGCCACUUCUUCUAACCCUUUCAGGUAUUGUUUCUCAGGACAGUUGAUGCCAGGCCACAUUGCACACCACAGCCAUUCGUGUGGGCGCCUUGUUGUCAGGUGACCAUGUAGUAAAAAAGCUAGAAUCUGGCUUUGCCCUUCUCAUAAUAUCUUUAGAAAUAUAUAAAGGGAAUUUAAUUACUUCAGUUUAGGAAAAGGAAAGAAUUGCUGGCUCAAAGUGAGAAAGACAUAAGACUGGAGCUUCACUUUUAAAAUCAGCUUCUAUUUAGCUUUCAUUGUGGAAGCUGCCAGGACUUCCACAGUGCCAGGACUCACUGGAAAGAUCUUUCUAGUAAUAGUAGCAUUGUGGCUUCUAGGGUUCUUAGAUCUCCUAUAACCUCAUGCCCACAGGCAUAGGCUAACAUAAACACAUAUAUACCAUGACCAUUUUAGCCAAAGACAAGGGACAACUAAGAUUGGCUCUACAUGUAAGAAAAAACUUUAACAGAUAACAGAUGUCCUGGUUAGUUUUUUGUUUGUUUGUUUGUUUGUUAACUUGACACAAGCUAGAGUCAUUUGAGAAGAAGAACCCUAAACUGAGAAAAUGCUCCCACCAGAUUGGCCUAAUCAGUGCUUAAUCAGUUGGUUGGCUCAUCCCACAGAGGCAGGUGGUUCUGGGUGGAAUAAGAAAGGAAACUGAGCAAGCGACAAGGAGCAGGCCAGUAGGCAGCACUCUUCCGUUGCUUCAGGAUGGACUACAAAUUAUAAGAAGAAACAAACCCUUUUCUUCCUCACAUUGGUUUUGGUCAUAGUGUUUUAUCACAGCAUUAAAAACCAUGAAACAGUG